AUGCAAUCACAACGUGAUCAAGGGCAACCACAGUCUAUAUUUGGGACGAAAUCAAAAACAGACAGCGGAGACAACAACCACCAGAGUAUAUUCAAUAACGGUGGGGAAAGUCGUGUAAUGGUACAGGCGGGAGUACAGCAUGUAAACGGACAUAUCUUCAAUAUUAAUUCCGGCAGGGCCGCGGCAAAGAAAAAGGAGGAAGUUAACUACAAUGUUCCUCUCAGCUUCCCCUUCCCUAGAAAUCGCAAUUUCACUGGCAGGGAUGCAGAAUUGGAGGCCAUUGAUGGAUAUUUCUCAGAAUCAACCGGUAGUGGUGUUUCUAUCUAUGCGAUCAUAGGCACUGGUGGGAUGGGCAAAACUCAGAUUGCUCUUGAAUACGGCUAUACCCGCUACGAGAAAACCCAGUUUACUGCGGUCUUCUGGAUAUCAGCUAUGACCGAAGAAACCAUCCAAACUUCAUUGGUGAAUAUCAUGCAGCAGAUCGUUGAUAAAAAGGCGAGGGAAUAUUUGCCCAAUCCCCCCAGCUAUACGUCUAUCGCAGCAAAUCUUAAAAUUUCGCAGAUGAUGGACGGAAAUGGUAGAAUUAGCAGUGGUUCUGACGCAGGAGCCAUCAAAUAUGCUUUCUUCAGUUGGCUCAAGUUAUCAGGGAACGACAAGUGGUUAUUGAUCUUCGACAAUGCAGAUGAUCUUAACGUUCCAAUCGACGACUACUUUCCGAAUGAAGCUGGACACAUCUUAAUAACAAGCCGUCGACCAGAGUUCUCCGACUACGGGGAACAAAUGGAAAUUGGUGGUUUAGACAGAGAAAACGCACUUCGUCUUUUGCUGUGCCUAGCACGACGAAACGCUACCGAAAGCGAUAUCGAGAGUGCUACAGAAAUCAUCGAGAAAGUGGGUUUUAUGCCGCUAGCGAUUACUCAUGCUGGUUGUUUUAUACGACAACUGAAUAUUCCCAUCUGCCAUUACCUACAAUACUACGAGCGAACCUUUAAAGAAGCACAAUCUAGAAAAUCAAGAAUCGGAUGGGCCUAUCGCAAAGACACAUCGAUGACAACUUGGGAAGUCUCCUUUUUGGAAGUUGAAAAACAAAACAAGGAAGCAGCUUCUAUCCUGCUUACUUGUGGAUAUUUGAACCCAGCCGAGAUCUCCGAAGAUUACUGGCAAGAUAAGCAACAACUGAACACGAAAAGUCAAACUCAAGAGAAAAAUAAAUUCUCGAUUCUCGCCUCAUAUUCACUUAUAAGUCGAGGCCAGCCAGGAACGUUCUCUGUCCAUCCCGUUGUACAUAGCUGGGCGAGGGAACGCGGGGACGACUCAGAUCGUUUACGGGCAAUAGGGAAUGCUCUUAGAAUCUUUGGUCGGAAACUUCGAACCAGAGGAAGACCGGACUGGAGCCAACGGGAUGGACAAGAAGAAAGGAGAAUCUCGGCACACAUAGACGUCUUUCUGAAGCACUCAGAACAUUACAGUUUCAACGAGAUUUUUGAGAAAAAUGACGAUAUUUCUAUAGGUGAUGUUCUCGGUGCUUUUAACAAAAUAGCACUCAGAAUGUCCGUUGUGGGGAAAUUCUCCGAAGCUACUAAGAUAUAUCGAAAGACCCUAGUUUGCUAUGGAAAAGCAUUCGGGGAAAGACAUAUCGACACUCUCAACACCGCUUCUAGCUUAGCAGGUUGCCUUGCUAGUGAAGGCCGGUACGAUGAAGCUCUCCCAGAACUCCAAAAAACCUUGAUCAGCAAAAAUAUGGCUUUGGGCGAAGAUCAUUUAUCAACUAAUGAAACAAAAUGCCAGAUAGCAGAUUGUUUGAGAAUGGGGGGCAAACUCGACGAAGCUCUCACAAUAUAUCAAGAAGUUCUGGACUUUCAAGAAAGAAAAUCAGGUAAAAAUGAUUUGGUUACUAUAGAAAUCGCUCAUAGAAUAGCAACGACUUUCUACAAACAAAACAGAUUUGACGAAGCUCUUGAAGCUUAUCAACAGGUUUUGAUCAGUUUCAAAAAAUUUCUGAGCGAAGAUCACCCGUUUAUUCUCGCAACACUUAAUAAUAUGGCAAUAGUUUUGGUUGAUCAAAGCAAAUUUGACGAAGGUUUGAAAAUUUAUCAAGAAUGCAUUAUUGCUCAUGAAAAGUCCUUAGGCAAAGAUCAUCCUUCUACUCUUGCAACGGUUUGUAAUAUGGGAAGGGGUUUUUUUCGUCAGGGCAGACUUGAUGAAGCCUUGAAACUUUAUCAAGAAUGCAUAAUUGCUAAAGAAAGGGCUCUAGGUGAAGAUCACCCGUGGGUCCUUGAUACGGUUGAAGGUAUGGCGGAAAUAUUUUUUUGUCAAGGCCAAUAUUGCAAGGCUUUAGAGCAUUAUCAAAGACUUCUGGUCGGUCGAAAAAGGAUUUUAAGUGAGGACGAUCCCAAAAUUCUGAAAACAAUUCAUAAAAUAGGAACUACUCUUUAUAGGCAGGGCAAGCUCGAUGAAGCUCUUCAACAACUACACAUAGCUGCAGUGGGCAAAGAAAGAGUCUUGGGCCGAGACCACCCGUCAACCCUCUCCACACUUAGGAAUAUAGCACUUAUCUCCCGAAAGAUAGCAAAAAAGUCACCACCAUGUAUAUAA